GGAGAUCAACAACAGCAGCGGCGGUGGAGAUGGAGGAGCUCAGGCGGAUGGAAGAAGACCCCAUCCACACCAUGAACCGCUCGUGGAGCUUACCCCCGCUCUCGUCUACAGAGAUGCCUUCAGAAAUGUACCAGAGAGCUCAGCGGCUCAGUCGGUACCCCCCCAUCAUGCAGAACACGUCCCGGACCCUCGCCGUCCCGUUCAAAGAGCAGCGGCACCACAGGACGCCCAGCGAGUCCAUCGCCAACAACUACAGCCCCCGAGCACAGCACCUGAAGAUCACACACCUGCAGGGCAGACGCUUACCUGCGCACGCCUCGGCCGCUGGCUUCAGGUUUCAGGCUGUAGCAGAGAGGAGGCCGGAACUGCCCCCCCGACCACUCAGCAGGGACCGUGCUGUCCCCUCCCCUCUCCCUCCAGGUCGCAGCAGGUCUGAGACUCCAGGCAGUUGCCCUCUGACCCCAGACCAGCAGCUAGAUAUCAUGCAGGCUGAGGAGGAGCAGGAAAGGAGGAGCAUGAUAGAGCCCACUGAUGAAGAUUUAGAGAGGUACAUGUACUACAUUACGAACGGGGUUCAGGAUCACAUGCUCGCCCCUCAGCCGCCCCAGCACAUCGCCAACAUACUCAAGCUGCUGCCUGGGUUUCUCCAAAGAGAUGAGCUGCAGGAUCUGCAGGAUGUCCUUCUGCAGGAGGUGCGCCGAGACUACAACUUCAGCAUCCGCAAGAGCAUCGUGGAUUAUAUCCUGCUAGCGGAGGAGAGAGAGCGACUGGUUAUCUCCAGCGUUCCCCGUUCAUUUCCAUGGCGGGUGAUCCGUGCACCGGUUCCGUGGUCUCUGAGUUACCAGGAAGCUCACAGCUGGAACACAGAGCAUCUGUUCACCGUUAAUCCCAUGAUGCUCCAGCUACAGGACCUUUGGGUCAACAAUUUCUCUUCUCUGCGGUUUGUGCGUUUGUCUGAUCUGAACUCAGUGAAUCUGCCGCUUCUGCCGGCUGAGUUCCAGGAGCUGGUGCAGAGUCAGUGUCAGAUCACCAGAGACCAGCUCAUCAACAAGUGGCUGCCAAGCUGUGCGUCUCUGUUUGUGACCUAUAAGGACGUGUGGCUGCCCCUGGUGCCACAGAGUGACCACGUCGCCCCGGUGAAGGCGCGGGAGUUUUUCUCCUGCGUGGCUGCGUUGAUGUCACUGCAGCUGCGCAGCCUGGUGGUCGCAUCACUGCAGGAGCUGCUGCAGUUCCUCAUGCUGCACCAGAGUGGAAAUGGUUUCGGCGAGUCCUUCGAGGAGCUACAGUACACUCAGCGUCCACUCCUGCUGGUCAAGCUGAAGGUGGAGGAGCCCACCGUCGUUUUCCAGCCUUCGCUGCCGCAGUGCUGGGAGCUCAUCGAGCGCUCGUUUCUGCACAUCAUCACCAGCGCGCUCAGCUUACCCAGGGUGGAGUGUAGUCUGUUCCCGGAGCUCCAGGAGAAGAAUUUAACUCUACGCUCUGUCAGACCUGACGAGCCGCUCGUGUCAGACCUGCUCAGCCGAGCCAGAGAAAUCUUCCAGAGGAACACUGUGGGUCCUCAGAGGUAUCUGGAUGUGUAUAAGAAAUACAGUAAUCUGCUGGAUAACUCAGCCAGACAGGAGAUCCUUUCUUUCCUCAAGGAGAAACACUCUCUACAGGCCCUUACCAAGAGGAUUGAGGCAGUGAGCAGCGUGUGGAAGGAGAUCGCGUCUCUGCGGGUCACUGUUCCUCUGUCUCUGCUCUGUCUGGAAGCUGUGAGUCUGCAUGAGGAUCUGUGUGAUCGAACUGAACACCUCAAACACCUGCUCAUCACCUACGAGGUGGAGGAGAACCGCCAGCUUAAUAAGAGUGUCUGUCAGCGGUACGAGCAGAUUGUGGACACGGUGACGAGUGUGCCGGCCAACACAGAGGAACUGGUGGAGCUCAGUGAGUUCCUGAAACACACCACCGACGUCACUGUGCACAAACUCCGCGAUGAGGUCGAGGAAGCCGCCCACCGCCUCAGCUUCCUGCUGGACUAUGCCGCCCUGUCAGGUGAGGAUGUGAAGCUGAACAGCAGGGUGUUCCAUUGGCCACUGCAGAUCAUUUCUGUGUGUGAGGGCAGUAGAGGCAAACUGACCACUCGAAGAGAACAUGCGGAAGACAUACUGCUCAAGAGGAUUGUGAAGCUGGAGAACACUCUGCAGGCUGUUGGAAAGGAAGUGGAGGCGUUUAAGAAGAAAGAAAAUAUGAGUAUGGAAGAGAUGAAGAACAACGUGGAGAAACUGAAGGAGCUCUCAGCCUGCCUGGAGGACGCAGCCACAGAGCUGGAGUACAUUAAUAAGGAGGAGAGUUUGCUGGAGAGAGAGCAGAGUCAGUUCCCCCUGCUGCCGUCGCUCAUGCUGAGUAAACAGCCGUAUGAUCAGCUCUGGAACACAGCGCUCAGCUUCCACAGCAGUUCAGACGUCUGGAUGAACGGACCCUUUGUCCAGCUGGAUGCAGUGAAGAUUUCUGAUGAAUUGGGGAAUAUGUGGCGCACCAUGUACAAACUGACCAAGACUUUCUCUGAGCUGGCCGGGCCGCGGCGCAUAGCAGACAGCUUCUGCGUUAAAAUCGACAAAUUCAAACAGCACCUGCCCAUACUGACCACCAUCUGCAACCCCGGCAUCAAACAGCGCCACUGGGAGAAGAUCAGCGCCAUCGUGGGAUUUGAUGUGAAGCCAGACGCAGACACUUCGCUCCUCAACAUGGUGGAGCUCGGACUGUCCAAAUUCACAGACAAGUUGGAGGAGAUUGGAGCAUCUGCCAGUAAGGAAUAUUCACUGGAGAAAGCACUGGAGAAGAUGAAGAAUGAAUGGGCCGACCUUCGCUUUGUGUUCGCACAGUACAGAGACACGGGGACCAGCGUUGUCUCGGCAGUGGACGAUAUCCAGGUGUUGUUGGACGAUCACGUCAUUAAGACCCAGACGAUGAGGGGAUCUCCGUUCAUAAAGCCCAUCGAGACAGAAUGCAAGCUAUGGGAGGAGAAGUUGUUGCUGAUGCAGGACAUCCUGGACGCGAUGCUGAAGUGUCAGUCCACCUGGCUCUACCUGGAGCCCAUCUUCAGCUCUGAUGACAUCAUUGCCCAGAUGCCUGAGGAGGGUCGCAAGUUUGGCAUCGUGGACAGCUACUGGAAGGACAUCAUCGCUGAAGCGUUGAAGGACACACGUGUGCUGGUGGCCACCGGGCAGCCCAACAUGCUGUCCCGCCUGCAGGAGUCAAACAUCUACCUGGAGGACAUUCAGCGUGGACUCAACACCUACCUGGAGAAAAAGAGACUCUACUUCCCCAGGUUUUUCUUCCUGUCUAAUGAUGAGCUCCUGGAGAUCCUGUCAGAGACAAAGGACCCCCUGCGUGUGCAGCCCCAUCUAAAGAAGUGCUUUGAGGGCAUCGCUAAGCUAGAGUUCACCCCAGAGCUGGAGAUUACGGGCAUGAUCAGCUCAGAGAAAGAGAACGUACCAUUCACUGACAUCAUCUACCCAGCUAAGGCCAAGGGCAUGGUGGAGAAAUGGCUUCUGCAGGUGGAGAACAUGAUGCUAAGCAGUGUGAGGGAUGUGAUCCGGCAGGGAGUAGAGCAGUACCCUCAGGUCCCCAGAAAGAAGUGGGUGUUGCAGUGGCCGGGUCAGGUUGUUAUUUGUGCAUCCUCCAUUUUCUGGACCAGUGAAGUGUCUCACGCUAUACAGAACAACACUCUACCUGCGUACAUGGAGCAGUCUAACGCUCAGAUUGCAGACAUUGUUGAGCUGGUUAGGGGUAAACUGUCUGGAGGGGCGAGGAUGACUCUCGGAGCGCUGACAGUCAUUGAUGUCCAUGCGCGUGAUGUGGUGGUGAAGUUGGCUCAGGACGGUGUGUCGUCCCUGAAUGAUUUCCAGUGGAUCUCACAGCUGCGCUAUUACUGGGAGGAUGGGGACGUCAUGCUGAGAAUGAUCACAACUGAGCUGAAGUACGGAUACGAGUACCUGGGCAACUCCCCCAGACUGGUCAUCACUCCUCUGACUGACCGCUGCUACAGGACUCUAAUGGGAGCUCUAAAGCUGAAUCUGGGUGGAGCUCCAGAGGGACCAGCAGGAACAGGCAAGACAGAAACAACCAAAGACCUGGCCAAGGCUCUGGCUAAACAGUGUGUGGUGUUCAACUGUUCAGAUGGACUGGAUUAUAAAGCCAUGAGUAAAUUCUUUAAGGGUUUGGCUCAGUCUGGAGCGUGGGCCUGCUUCGACGAGUUCAACCGGAUUGAGGUGGAGGUGUUGUCAGUGGUGGCUCAGCAGGUGUUGAGUAUCCAGCAGGCGAUUGCGCGGAACCUGAAGCGUUUUCUGUUUGAGGGGACGGAGCUCUCACUGAACCCCACCUGCAGCGUCUUCAUCACCAUGAACCCAGGAUACGCCGGCCGCGCUGAGCUGCCUGAUAACCUUAAAGCUCUUUUUCGCACUGUAGCCAUGAUGGUGCCAGAUUAUGGGCUGAUUGGAGAGAUAUCACUCUACUCAAUGGGCUUCAUUCAGUCUCGGAGUCUGGCGCAGAAGAUCGUGGCGACAUACCGCCUGUGUUCGGAGCAGCUGUCCUCUCAGCAUCACUACGACUAUGGCAUGCGUGCGGUAAAAUCUGUCCUGACUGCAGCGGGGAACCUGAAACUAAAGUACCCAGAGGAGGACGAGAGUGUGCUGCUGCUCAGAGCACUGAUGGACGUCAACAUGGCCAAAUUCCUCGCUCAGGACGUCCCUCUUUUCCAGGGUAUAAUCUCAGAUCUGUUUCCUGGAGUGGUGCUGCCUAAGCCUGAUUAUGAGUUAAUGUUAAAGGCUCUGAAUGAAAACAUCACUAAAUUCAAACUGCAGCCUGUGCCCUGGUUCAUCAGCAAGAUCAUACAGGUGUAUGAGAUGAUGCUGGUGAGGCAUGGGUUCAUGAUUGUUGGUGACCCACUGGGAGGGAAGACUUCAGCCUAUAAAGUUCUAGCAGCAGCUCUCAAAGACCUGUAUGAAGGAGGCAUGAUGGAGGAGUUUGCAGUAGAUUUCCGGAUCAUUAACCCAAAGGCGAUCACCAUGGGUCAGCUCUACGGCUGUUUUGACCCGGUCAGUCAUGAGUGGACGGACGGUGUUCUGGCCACAUCGUUCCGGGAGCAGGCCCAAUCCACAGCAGAGGACCGCCAGUGGAUCAUAUUCGACGGACCCAUUGACGCAGUCUGGAUAGAGAACAUGAACACCGUACUGGAUGAUAACAAGAAGCUGUGUCUGAUGAGCGGUGAGAUCAUCCAGAUGAGUCCUAAGAUGAGUUUGAUCUUUGAACCAGCAGAUCUGGAGCAGGCCUCACCAGCUACUGUCAGCAGGUGUGGUAUGAUCUACAUGGAGCCCCAUCAGCUGGGUUGGACUCCCCUCAGAGACUCCUACAUGGACACUCUCCCGGAGAGUCUGGCUCCAGAGCACCGUGAACUGAUUGUGGAUCUGUUUGACUGGCUGGUGCAGCCAUGCUUGGACUUCAUUGCCCAUAACUGCCGUUUCCUGGUGCAGACGUCACCCAUCCACCUAGCCUACAGCCUCAUGCGCCUGUACUCCUGCCUGCUGGAUGAGAUAGCAGCAGCAGGGCAGGGUGGUUCGGAGUCUAUGUCCAGUCAGCAGAUGACCCUGUUGCUGCAGGGCCUGUUCCUGUUCGCUGUGGUGUGGACUGUGGGCGGGACCAUUAACGGGGACAGCAGGAAGAAGUUUGACCUUUUUUACAGAAACCUGCUCACGGGCACGAUGGACAAAUACCCGAGACCCAAAAGCAUCAAACUGACCAAGAACAACGUCUUCCCUGAGAGAGGCUCGGUGUAUGAUUAUUACUUCCACAAGCAGGGGUCAGGAGAGUGGAACACCUGGACCGACUCCAUCACUAAGGAGGAAAGCACCAUCCCAGCUGGGAUGAAAGUGUCUGAUCUGAUUAUCCCCACCAUGGAGACGGCACGUCAGCUCUUCUUCCUGAGGACCUACCUGUCCCACCAGGUGCCCAUGCUGUUUGUGGGUCCCACAGGCACAGGCAAAUCCGUCAUCAACAACAGCUUCCUGCUGUCUCUGUCCAAAGAGCAGUACACACCAAACUGCCUUAACUUCUCCGCCCGCACCUCCGCCAACCAAGUGCAGGACAUCAUCAUGGCCAAACUGGACCGCCGACGCAAGGGAGUGUUUGGACCACCAGUAGGCAAGAAGUGCAUCGUCUAUGUCGACGACCUGAAUAUGCCAGCGAAGGAGAUUUACGGAGCCCAGCCCCCAAUCGAGCUGCUGAGGCAGUGGAUCGAUCACCGGCACUGGUACGAUAAGAAGGACACGUCUAGACUGGACAUUGUAGACGUGCUGUUCGUUUCUGCUAUGGGGCCCCCUGGUGGAGGGAGGAAUGACAUUACAGGUCGUUUUACACGUCAUUUGAACAUCGUGUCGAUCGACUCGUUUGAUGAUGAAACUCUCAGUAAAAUCUUCUCCUCCAUCACCGACUGGCACUUCAGUAAAGGUUUCGACGCCUCCUUCUACAGGCUGGGUAAGAUCCUGGUUCAGGCCACCAUGGCGGUGUAUAAGGAUGCGAUGGAGAAGUUUCUACCCACUCCCUCUAAAUCUCACUACAUAUUCAACCUCAGAGACUUCUCCAGAGUCAUUAAAGGAGUGCUGCUCUGUCCACACACACACAUGCAGGAUGGGGAGAAGCUGAUGAGGUUAUGGAUCCACGAGGUGUACCGAGUGUUCUACGAUCGCCUGAUUGACAGCGAGGACAGAGAGACCUUUUUCAGCAUCGUCAGAGAGAGAACUUCAGGCUACUUCAAACAGAGCCUGGACAAGCUCCUCUGUCAUCUUUCUCCCUCUGGAAAAGUCACGGAUGAGAACAUCCGCAGUCUGUUCUUCGGUGAUUACGGCAAGCCGGACGCGGACGUCAAAGCGUACGACGAGCUGACGGACGUGCGCGCUCUGACCGAAGUUAUGGAGCUCUACCUGGACGAGUUCAACAACGUCAGCAAGGCGCCCAUGAGCCUGGUGAUGUUCCAGUUCGCCAUCGAGCACGUCUCACGGAUCUGCCGGGUUCUCAAGCAGGACAACGGCCACCUGCUGCUGGUGGGCAUCGGUGGCUCCGGACGCCAGAGCGCCACCAAACUGGCCACGUUCAUCAGCGACUACGAGCUGUUCCAGAUCGAACUGACCAAGAGUUACGGAACGACGGACUGGAGGGAUGACCUGAAGCGAGUGAUGCUGAAGGCUGGAGUGGAGGGCAAGAGGACCACCUUCCUGUUCAAUGACAGUCAGAUCAAAGAUGAGUCAUUUGUGGAGGACAUUAACAUGCUGCUGAACACCGGAGACGUCCCCAACAUCUUUCCCGCCGACGAACGCGCCGACAUCAUCGAGAAGAUGCAGGCCGUCGCCAGGAUGGAGGGCAGGAAGCUGGACGCCACGCCGCUGACCAUGUACAACUUCUUCAUCGACAGGGUCAAAGCUAACCUGCACAUCGUUCUGGCAAUGAGUCCGAUUGGAGAUGCCUUCCGGAAUCGUCUGCGGAUGUUCCCAUCUCUGAUUAACUGCUGCACGAUCGACUGGUUCCAGGCCUGGCCCACCGAUGCCCUCGAGAUGGUGGCCAACAAGUUUUUGGAGGAGGUGGAGCUGGACGACUACAUCAGAACAGAGGUGGUGGAGAUGUGUAAGACGUUUCAGGAGAGCGCGCAGAAGCUCUCAGAGCGGUACUACUCACAGCUGCGCAGGCAUAACUACGUCACGCCCACUUCCUACCUGGAGCUGAUCCUCACCUUUAAGACCCUACUGACCUCCAAGCGCACUGAGGUCAACACCUUCAGGAAUCGAUACCUGGUCGGCCUGCAGAAACUCGACUUUGCUGCCUCUCAGGUAGCAGUGAUGCAGCAGGAGCUGACCGCGCUGCAGCCGGAGCUGAUCCGCACCUCCGCCGAGACAGACGAGAUGAUGGUGAAGAUCGAGAAGGAGACGGUGGAGGUGGACGCCAAGAAAGAGCUGGUUGCUGCUGACGAGAAAGUGGCCAAUGAGGCUGCAGCAGCUGCUAAAGCCAUUAAGGAUGAGUGCGAGGGGGACCUCGCGGAGGCGAUGCCGGCACUGGAAGCUGCUCUGUCGGCCCUGGACACGCUGAAGCCGGCCGACAUCACGGUGGUGAAGUCCAUGCAGAACCCUCCCGGCCCUGUCAAACUGGUCAUGGAGUCCAUCUGUGUCAUGAAGGGCAUCAAACCAGAGAGGAAACCUGACCCUGGAGGCUCCGGUAAGAUGAUCGAGGAUUACUGGGGACCGUCUAAAAAGCUGCUGGGAGACAUGAAGUUCCUGGAGAACCUCAAGGCCUUCGAUAAGGACAACAUCCCGGCCGCCAAUAUCAAGAAGAUCCGCGAGAAGUUCAUCGAUCACCCUGACUUCCAGCCGGCACUCAUCAAAAACGUCUCAUCUGCCUGCGAGGGCCUCUGCAAGUGGGUCCGCGCCAUGGAGGUGUACGAGCGCGUGGCCAAGGUGGUCGCCCCGAAGAAAGAGCGCCUCCGUGAGGCCGAGGAGGAGCUGGCCGUCCAGAUGAAGAUGCUGGAGGUGAAACGCGGCGAGCUAAAAGAAGUCCAGGACCGGCUGCAGGCCCUGAACGACACGUUUGCAGCCAUGAUCCAGAAGAAGAAGGAGCUGGAGGACAACAUCGAGCUGUGCUCGCAGAAGCUGAUCCGGGCAGAGAAACUGAUUGGUGGGCUGGGAGGGGAGAAGGACAGGUGGACGGAGGCAGCGAGGCUGCUGGGAAUCAGGUACACAAACCUGACGGGUGACGUGCUGCUGUCCUCAGGCACUGUGUCCUACCUGGGAGCGUUCACAGUGGAUUUCAGAGUGGAGUGCCAGCGGGAGUGGCACGAGCUCUGCAAGCACAGGAAGAUACCAUGCUCUGACGACUUCACGCUCAGCACCACCCUAGGAAACCAGGUGCUGAUCAGGGCAUGGCAGAUCGCUGGGUUACCUGUGGAUUCGUUCUCAACAGACAACGGCAUCAUCGUGUCCAACUCCCGCCGCUGGCCGCUCAUGAUCGACCCGCAGGGCCAAGCCAAUAAGUGGAUCAAGAACAUGGAGAAGGCCAACAAGCUGUCCGUCAUCAAGCUCUCCGACAGCAACUACGUCCGCACCUUGGAGAACGCCAUUCAGUUUGGAACACCAGUUCUCCUGGAGAAUGUGGGUGAGGAGCUAGACGCGGUUCUAGAGCCUGUUCUACUGAAGCAGACCUUCAAGCAGCAGGGGGUGGAGUAUAUGAAACUGGGCGAGAACAUCAUAGAAUAUUCCAGAGACUUCCUUUUCUACAUGACCACCGGCCUGCGGAACCCUCACUACCUGCCGGAGGUGGCGGUGAAGGUGUGCCUGCUGAACUUCAUGAUCACACCGCUGGGGCUGCAGGACCAGCUGCUGGGGAUCGUCGCCGCCAAGGAAAAACCCGAACUGGAGGAGAAGAAGAACCAGCUGAUCCUGGAGAGCGCCGCUAACAACAAACAGCUGAAGGAGAUCGAGGACAAGAUCCUGGAGGUGCUGUCUUCAUCUCAGGGGAACAUUCUGGAAGAUGAAACGGCCAUCAAGGUCCUGUCUUCCUCCAAGGUUUUAUCAGAGGAGAUCUCUGAGAAGCAGAAGAUUGCGAGCUUGACGGAGCGAGAAAUCGACGAAACGCGGCUAGGCUACCGUCCUGUGGCCGAGCACUCGUCCAUCCUGUUCUUCUGCAUCUCGGACUUGGCGAACAUCGAGCCCAUGUACCAGUAUUCUCUCACCUGGUUCAUCGGCCUGUACCUGCAAUCCAUCGCCCAGAGCCCGGCCAGCGACGACCUGGACACCCGCAUCUCCAACAUAACGGAGCACUUCACCGUGAGCAUCUACAGGAACGUCUGCCGCUCGCUGUUCGAGAAGGAUAAGCUACUGUUCUCGCUUCUCCUCACUGUCGGCAUCAUGCAAGGCAAAGGUCAGGUCAGCGACCUCAUCUGGCGCUUCCUGCUCACGGGCGGCGUCGCCCUCGACAACCCUCACCCAAACCCCGCCCCAGAAUGGCUGUCGGACAAAGCGUGGUCGGAGGUGGUCCGAGCCUCAAAGCUCCCAAACCUGGAGGGGCUGUUUGAGCACGUGCAGGAGAACGUGGCUCAGUGGAAGCAGAUUUACGACUCCGGCCGGCCACAUGAGGAGCAGUUCCCGGGGAAAUGGCGCACUCUGGUGGGCAUGGAGCGCAUGGUGGUGCUGCGCUGCUUCAGGCCUGAUAAGCUGGUGCCCGCUGUGCAGGAGUUCAUCGUGGACAACAUGGGCCGCACCUACAUCGAACCUCCAACCUUUGACCUGGCAGGAAGCUACAGCGACUCCAACUGCUGCUCACCGCUCAUCUUCGUGCUGUCAUCGGGAUCGGACCCCACCGCAGGGCUGCUGAAGUUUGCGGAUGAUCUGGGUAUGGGGGGCAGCAGAACCCAGACCAUCUCUCUGGGUCAGGGUCAGGGUCCGAUCGCGGCCCGUAUGAUUGAAACGGCGCUGAAGGAUGGAACCUGGGUGGUCCUGCAGAACUGUCACCUAGCGACCAGCUGGAUGCCGGCCCUGGAGAAGAUCUGUGAGGAGAUUAUCACACCUGAGAACACACACUCUGACUUCAGGCUGUGGUUGACCAGUUACCCCUCUGAUAAGUUCCCUGUGAGUAUCCUGCAGAACGGUGUGAAGAUGACGAAUGAGCCUCCUAAAGGUCUGCGAGCGAACCUGCUGCGCUCUUACCUGAGUGACCCCAUCUCGGACACCGCCUUCUUUAGCAGCUCCUCCAAACAGGAGGUGUGGCAGAAGCUCCUGUUCGGACUCUGCUUCUUCCAUGCCCUCGUCCAGGAGAGGAGGACGUUCGGCCCGUUAGGCUGGAACAUUCCAUAUGAAUUUAAUGAAUCGGAUCUGCGGAUCAGCAUGCGUCAGAUCCAGAUGUUUCUGGAUGAAUAUGAGGAGAUUCCUCUGGAGGCUCUGACCUACCUGACCGGGGAGUGUAAUUAUGGAGGUAGAGUGACCGAUGAUAAGGACCGCCGGCUGCUCCUCUCUCUGCUCUCCACCUUCUACAGCUGGGAGCUCGUACAGCAGGACAAGUACCGAAUCUGUGAGGGAGACGUUUACUACAUUCCUCCACACGGACCCUAUCAGAGCUACGUUGAAUACAUCCGCAAUCUACCAAUCACAGCAGAGCCUGGGGUCUAUGGCCUCCAUAGCAACGCUGACAUCACUAAAGACAACCAGGAAACCAAUCAGCUUUUAGAUGGAGUACUGCUGACCUUGCCGAGGCAAACAGGGGGCGGGGCCAAGUCCCCUCAGGAAGUGGUGGAUGAGUUGGCGGAGGACAUCAUGUCGAAAUUGCCGUGUGAUUUUGAUGUUGAGAUGGUGAUGGUUAAAUACCCGGUGAUGUACGAGGAGUCCAUGAACACCGUCCUCCGGCAGGAGCUCAUCCGCUUUAACAGGCUGACCCAGGUGGUUCGCAGCAGCCUGAUCAAUAUCCGGAAGGCUCUGAAAGGACAGGUGGUGAUGUCAGCAGAGCUGGAGAAAGUGUUCAACAGUAUGCUGGUGGGGAAAGUUCCAGCAAUGUGGGCUGCCAAGUCCUACCCUUCACUCAAACCUCUCGGGAGCUACGUCUCCGACCUGCUCGCCAGACUGCACUUUCUACAGGAGUGGAUAGAUAACGGACCUCCAGCUGUGUUCUGGCUCUCCGGCUUCUACUUCACGCAGUCCUUCCUCACUGGAGUGUCUCAGAAUUUCGCCCGGAAAUACACCAUCCCCAUCGACUACAUCGGCUUUGAGUUCCAGGUGCUGAAGCAGGAGAGUGUGGAUGAGAAGCCAGUGGAUGGGGCGUAUGUGCGGGGUUUGUUCCUGGAGGGGGCGCGCUGGGACAGAGAGCGAAUGGUCAUCGCAGAGUCUCUCCCCAAAAUCCUGUUUGACCCUCUGCCCAUCAUCUGGCUCAAACCAGGCCAGAGCGCCAACUUCCUGCAUGAAAACGUCUACCAGUGUCCAGUGUACAAGACCAGCGCACGGCGCGGGACUCUGUCCACCACCGGACACUCCACCAACUACGUCCUGCCCAUAGAGCUGCCCUCAGACCGGCCUCAGAAACACUGGAUCAACCGCGGAGUGGCCUGCCUCUGCCAGCUCGACGACUGAACACACACAGUUCAGUCUGUAAGAACUCUUUUAACUAGUAGCUGAUUGAUCAGCAGAUCUUAAAUACACCCACAUGUUUACACUGUAGAAACAACUUUAGCUAUUAAACUCACCCUGAACAC